CUUUUCGUUCCGUCGCGUUGGCAACCGUAUGUGCGCGCGCUCACUAGACCGUCCACGGCGGAGACUCGGAGAUCGCGCGCGUACCGGUUCGUUCGGUUGGCAGCAAGUGGUGGGCACCCAGACCGACGAAGACGACGACGACCGGCUCGGCGCGCACGGCUGGGAUGACGAACAGCGGCGCAGCGGCGGCUGAGAAACCGAUUCGUUUGUGGUCGUUGCCCGUCGGGACGUCAGUAUACGUGCGGGACCGGUUGCCGAGCGGGUCGUUAGUGUGCUCGCGAGUUUUGUGUAUAUUGCGUGUGCAUUUUUACGAACAUUUUUCGUUUUUUUUUUUCAAGAAUUCAUUUCGAGGUGUAGUGUUUUUUUUUUACGUUAGUUAUUAUAUCAUCACCCAUUCGUCGGAAUACCACUGCAGUUUUCAGGUGUGCGUAGUGUCCCGCGAAGUUAUCAUCCGCUACGGAGCCGGGAGCAUCAUAAAAAUAAAGAAUUUAUUGUUGAAACUUCGCUCAGUCCCGGAAAGUGCGAACUGCUGAAACUAUAAAAUGGGUCCUACGAUAGCGGCGACUACGACCGCGCUGGGGGAAUCGUCAGACGGCGACCAUAGUGCCAAAAAAAAGGGCAUACGGCGGCUAUUGACGCCCGCUAUAUUUGCGGGCGGCGAUCACAAGAACAAGCAGGCGGCGGCGGCGGCGUCGUCGGCGGUGGCCGUGGACGUCGGUAACGCGGCCGCGGUUCACAACCACCAACAACACCGCCAGAUCGGCAACAAUAGACCACCCAGCACCAACAACCACAAGACUAUUAUCGAGACGGCAUUCGUCAACAACAACGGCAACGGUAACUCUACCGGAAACGCGGCAUAUCGGUUGCAGCAACAGCAACAGCAACUGCAGCGGUUUCGAUACGCGCAAGGAGUUGACCGCCACGCCGUCGACGUGACCGACUUCCGGUCCCGGAGCGUCAGUCCCGGAUCGUUCGACCGGGAUGUUAACGCCAAUUACGGAAGCGUCGAACGUCGGACCGACAGCCCUUGUUCACUGUUGUCAUCGUCGUCGACAUCGUCGUUGCUACCCUCGCCUUCGGGCCGGCGGUCCGCUCCCAUAAUACCGUACUCGCAGUAUUACAACAACAGGAACGGAGGCUGUGGCGGUGGCCAACAACAGCAAAGGAUGUUGCUCAUGCCUGUUGGUGCGCAGGUCAAGAUCACCUCACCGCCGUCGUCGAACACCGCGGUGUACGCGGCCGCCGUUCGGCAACAUCGAAUGCAACAGCAACAACAGCAACAACAGCAGCAACCACAGCAAAGGCAGCAACAGCAUCAACAACAGGCCAUCUACGGCAACGUGGUGGCCGGCGUAGCGGGCCCUUUCGUCCGGGGGUCCCCGCACCGGGCCACCAUCGGGUGCGUCCGGGAAUCUCCGGGCCGGCAGUCCACCAUUUAUGAGACUGAAGAGGACGUCGUCGUGGCCGGUGAAAAGAAGUUUCAGCCAAUUUUCAAAAGGGGCGCCCUGCAAGAGCCCGCCGCCGACCCGUCAGCUGCGGCCGUUGGACAAACGCCGCCACCGCCGUCGUCCGGCUGCAGCCCGAAAAGGGUGAGUUUCUCACCGGUUCCGUCCGAACCACCCGCGUACUGGCCCACCAAGAAGGGCCUGUCCCCACAACCACCUACCCGCCAACGGUCGACCGACUCGCCGGUGGCCGCGGAACGGCCACUACCGCUCGUGCCCAAACGGAGCCCGUCCACGUCUGCCAUUUACGGUACGCUGCAGCAGCGUGGCGGCCAACAGCGACUAACCCAGCAGCAGCAGCAUCAGCAGCCGCCGCCACCAAACCGAUGGUGGCCACCGCCAUCGCCGUCUCCUCUGCACCAGCACUACCAACAGUCUGGCAGCGAGUCCGGUAGCGAGGCUGGUGAGGUGCAACGAAUACUCAAUGCCAAGAACGGUCAUCGGCUGGUCAUCGGUAAGUGCUUUGGUAUCCGAUUACGAUAUAAUGUUUCGAAAUAUAUAUUACUUAUGCCGGCCACGAACGCGUUUCGACACGUUUUCGUAAUAAACACGUGGUAAUAACGCUCACCGUGGUAUAUUAUGAGUAAUGAGUAUUAUACUAUUAUAAUGUUAUCUUAAUAGUUGGUAUAGUCCCCCCUCAGGUGUUGAUUUACAUAAUGCACGCUAACUACCCCACACGCGAGUCGUCGUCGCCAUCGUUGUUUAAACAACUUUUUAUUAAUUUUUUUUAUUACAACCGGCUUCGUCGACACCAUACAUAUUUUUAUGAUAUUAUAACAAUAUAUGGUGCUGCGUAAUUGACGCAAUUUUACCUUUUUCACCUAAAAACUUAUUAUUUACCUUAAAUAUGUAUUAAAAUAAGUAAGGUUUUUAAUAACAGUACUCUUUUGGAAAGUGUAUUGCACUUUAUUUCAAACUUAACUGCUAAAAGUACCAUACAAAAGAGUUUCUUUUUGUUUGAACGAAAGAUAAUCAAGAUGAUAUAUUUUUUUCACCUUACUGAAAGUAAACCUAGUUGGUCUGUGGCUAUACAACUGAAUAUAAAUCAAACCGGAUAACUGACUAUAGUGGUGCCCAUAAAAACCGAAACUAAGGGAAAACAAAUUUCUUUAAAAGAAAAAAAUGAAGAUUCUGGUUGUUAAGUACUGAAAACCUUUAGCUUUCCUAGUGGAAGCAAGUACCCUGCCUACCCUCAUCCACGAGUGAGCUCUCAAAAUAAGGGUUUGAAACUUUCUUUUUGAUUUCAAAACGCUCAUAGCCCGACAAAAAUUGAUCAUUUACUAAAAUACUUCCUAGAGAGCUUUACGAGGCAGUUUCACCAAGUUUUAACUUGGAUUAUAUGAGUCUAGAAUCUAGAUACUUGCUAUAAUAUGCAAAUUCCAUAAAUUCAAAGAAACCGCCAAUAACGGUCGUAAAUAUGUUUGAAUAACUAUUUAUUGCUAGAAGCAACAUAUGAGAAUACUAUAUAGGUGACGUAAUGUGUGAGUUUCAACUUGACAUACCGUUGCGCUUUCGACUAAUCCUAUAAUGGGUAAUCCUCGGAAAACGGGCGACGCGUUUCAUCGGGCCAGAAAUUAUGGGUUUCUUAAACAUACUUACUAUACUUUUCCUCUUUAAUUUCGACUCACUUUGUUGACAUUAUUAAUGCACAAUCGUGGUCAACCGAUCAUCCGAUAUACCUGGCUAUAUUCAGCUGGUUAGUUAAUUCCUAUAGUUGUAUUUCUUUAUUUUAAAUUAAUUGAAGUAGGUAUGUUCAUUUAAAAUUUUUUUAAAAUUAUUGAUCUAUACCAGUCUUUUUUUAAAAAGACAAAAGUUUCUACUUGUAUGCUUGUAGUGAUCGGGUUAGUAGAUAAAUAUAGAUACUUUCCGGGUAAUUUAAAAGAGAUAACAAUUUUUGCUUUUUAGUAUAUCUGCAUCUAAAAUUUAACUAAAUUAUCCCUGCACUUAUUAGUUAUUAUGCAUGUUUGUUUUUCACAUUAUUAGUGCACCAUUGUACUAGGAGGCCUCCGAGGCCGUGAUUAAUUAUAUAGAAUGUACCUAUUUUAAUAGUUGCACAUAAAUUUAUAGUAUGUAUAUUAUAU